GCCAAUACGCGUCCCGACUCCCGGACGCUUGGAACCGCUGCUAUUCAUUUGUUUACGUUUGGUUUUAACCUAGAAGCUGAAACGAGACGUUUGUCAUUGAAGUUGUUCAAGUAAUUACAAUUCUCGUACGCCGUAGAAAUUCCUUUGAAGAAAAAAAUAUACUUCCAAAUUUCGAGAAUGCCUAAAAUAAAGAAAUGUUGUGUACAAGGAUGUACCGAUGAGACAAGUACAAGACAUCGUUUCCCUAUGAGAGAUUUGGAUUUAUUCGAUAACUGGCUCCAAAUUAUCCAACCAAGAAAUUGGCAACAAUUGACUAGGCAUCGAAUUUAUGAAGGUUAUUUUGUGUGCCAUUCACAUUUUGAUAAAAAAUAUCAUUUUCCAGGAAGCCAUCGUGGUCUUACUUGUAAUGCCAUACCUACAAUCGGUAUUCCGGGAAGUGCAAAAGUUGGAGCAGAUGGUAAUGAUCAUAAUGAAGAUCAAGGCUUCAUUGUCUUAGAUGAUGUUCCAAAUAAAUUAGCAGAAAAUACACAAAUUCUGACUCUCCAAUCAACACAAAAAAAUUCUAUUAAUUUCAAAAGGUGCUACUCCACAAUUACAGAAAAAAUGUCGAAAUUCAAGGUGCUGGUUGCAAACAGUUCAGUUCCACAGAUAGCGCACGAUUUACUGAAAGCUGAAUGCGAUGUCAGAGUUUGCGAAGCUGAAAGAGAACCAAUUCUUCAGAAUAUUAGAGGUGUUGACGCAUUAUUCUGGUCCUCUCAUCACAAGCUUGAUAAGGAAAUGCUUGAUAAGGCAGGACCGCAACUCAAAGUCAUUGGCACUAUGUCUGCUGGAUACGAUAACAUAGAUGUAGAAGAAAUAAGAAAAAGAGGUAUCAAGUUUGGGAAUACCCCUGGAGUGUUAAAUGAUGCAGUAGCAGACAUGACGGUUCUCCUAGCUUUGAUGACUUCAAGGAGAUAUCUAGAAGGCAGAGAAUCGAUAGAAAAAUCGACUUGGUCGGAAAAAAAUGGUCCUCAAUGGUUACUUGGAAGGGAUCUCAGUGGAUCAACAGUUGGAAUUGUAGGACUUGGAAAUAUAGGACAAACCAUUCUCUCAAGGCUCAAAUGCUUCAAAGUUGAAAAAUUUCUCUAUACUGGACAUAAAGAAAAGCCAGAGGGGAAAUGUCUAAGUGCUCAUUUCGUGCCAAUGGACACCCUUCUUCAAGAAAGUGAUUUCGUAAUUGCCAGUGUUCCUUUAACUAAAUCAACAGAGGGGAUGUUCAAUGCUGAAGCAUUUUCCAAAAUGAAGAAGACGGCAAUUUUCAUCAACGUGAGCAGAGGAGGUAUAGUAAACCAACCGGAUCUAGUGGGAGCUUUGAAGAAAAAUCAGAUAUAUGCUGCUGGAAUUGAUGUCAUGACACCAGAACCUCUGCCACCUGAUCAUGAAUUGCUAAAACUCAAAAACUGCGUUGUGACACCCCACAUGGGAAGUGCUACUAUUAAUACAAGAAACAGUAUGGCAGAACUGGCUGCAAAAAAUAUCCUGAAAGCGUUGAAAGGAGAGCCAAUGAUAGCACCAGUUGUUUAAAUGUUAAACAGUGUUAAGAUAUUUUUAUACUUGUUAUUAAUACAGUUCCAAGAAAUCUCA